UGUCGGAGGAGGCCAGUGUCGGUCGGCCGCAUGUGUUCCUUGUUUGUGUGGCUCGCUCGCGCGUAGGAUAUUUUUUUCCAGCGUGCUUUCGUCGUGCUUUUUGGCUGCGUCUGCCUUUAGAGCGUCUGGUGCUGCAUUGCAUGAGUGUGCGUGUGUGUUCCUAUUUCCCCCGCGUCUGUGCUGCGGUCGAAACGGCACCGCCGAACCAUCGCCCGGAUACUCCGAAGCGCCCGUGCCUGUGCUCGCCGCAAGACCUCACGUUCUGCUCUUUUCUACUGUUGCACCUACGACUUCUGAGGCAUUAGGGUGCUUACUUUUAUGGAAUAGCUCAUAUCAACGCCUGGAUGCACAAUUAAGAUGUCCCUGAGGCUACUAUGUUGCUGACGUCAUCCGAACUCUUUUGACGAUGGCGUCUGUGAGAUUGCUCAAUUCUUCGGACCUCUACAGCUCACCGAUUCACCUUAACGGCAGCUACCACGGCACCGGCUCCAACGAACGCUCGAGAACGCCCAAGAAUGGCCUGGAGGUGAUCGAGACGAGCCACUCUGUCCGGCUGCAGCAGGAGAAGCCGCACCUGGUGAGCCUUGGCGGGGGAAGGCUCAGCACGUCCGUCACCAUACACCCGCUGCCCGAAGGAAAGACAAGAAUAGGAAGGAAUGAUGCUGCCAUGCCACAGGACAUUGUGGUCCAGGGUCCAGCUGUUGAGGCUGAACACUGUUACAUCCAGAACGAGUCUGGGAAGGUUACCCUGCAUCCCCUGGGGAACAUGAUAUCCAUUGAUGGAAUGGCCGUUACUGAGCCAUCGAGGCUACAUCAGGUUGUUCCAUGUUUCUGUUCCACGUCUCCGAAUGAGGAAGACAACUGCUGCAUGAUUUGCAUCGGAAGGUCAAACUUUUUUCGCUUCAACAAUCCUGAAGAAGCCGAGAAUCUGAAGAAAGACACUCUCCCAAAUGCGAGGCUACCACCCAUAUCUAAUAGCUUUCGUCCAGUAACGGAACCCCCUGGCCGUUUUAUGAACAAUCCUGGUGGGCCUUCCCCAGCUUCCUUCGACAUAGACAACAGCGUUGAUUUUGUCGAGAAGGUUUCAAAAUUUGAAUUUCUUGCCCACAACCGUUCGCCGCCAGUUGCCUCGUCCGAGAGUCCUCGCUGGUUUGUUCGGGAUGGGAUCAGGGUGUCACCAUCGCCUCCUUCGCGAGUUUGCGAGCAGUCACCUUCCCUACGGGGCCCUUCGAGCAAGCCAGCUCCUCGCUUCACCCCAACACCUCCGUUAUCCUCAUCACCAAAGUCACCAAAGUCGCCACGGGUGAGCGCGUUGUCUGGCCGGGCGAGCCCCUUGGUGGCCGGUGGCCGCUGCACCCCCACGUCUCCACGCCUGGGCCACCGAGUGGCCAGCCACGAGGACAUACGAGCCUGCGAGGUGGAGUUGGCUCAACAGCACCGCAGGGCAGUAGCCGAGCGCUUGCGAGACCAGGAGCAGGAGCGCCAGGAGCGCCAGCGCCUCGAGGAGAUCCUCUCGCUCUGUGCCGAGUACGAGCGCAAAGUGCACGCCUCGGGAGCCAAGGACAAGAAGCUGCAGAGAAGCCCCCCCUCCUCAGACUCCGGUACCGAGGACGUCACCUCGCCACCGGGCUCUGGAAGUGAGUCUUCUUCAGCUCCCGACGACACCAGCAAAACGUCCGAGUCCUCCAGUGGGAGCGGCGUCUCGGCCGAAGACGACAAGCCGGGGCUACAGCGCAACGACACGGUCAUUCGUCGGCCCAGCGGCAAGCAGCUGCCCGAGCGCCCCGAUGUCGUCAAGCCAGUCCCGGUUCUGGCCACGAGGCCAGUUCCCGCCCCGCGGUCUCAGAGCAGCUUGUCGGAAGCAAUGCCCAAGUCGCCGGAGAGCAAAGCGCCGCCACCACCACCUCCUCCUCCUCCCACGGAAGAAGUGGUAACGGUGGGAGCAGUGGCCAUUUCUGGGACGGGCACAUCUCCUCCGGUGCCGGCACUGGUCCAUCACCAGAACCGUAUCAAGACCAAUGGCUCGCUAGCUCCCACCGAAGUGGACGGCAAGAGGGUCAACCGCAUGCUGGUGGAUGGGAAUGUCUUGUCGGACGGGAUGCUUUCCGUUGCCCCCAAGAAAGUGAAUGUCACCUCAUCGGAGGAUGAACUGUCGAACAUCCUUGGUGGAGGAGGGCCAAGGGUUCUGUCCAACCACGCAGGCUCCGGCUUGUCAAGCCCGCGAUCCGACGGCAUCACCUUGGCUAGCGAGAAGACGCCAGUGCCUGUGCUGGCCUAUCCACAGAGUCCACGCACCCGAAUUCGCACCGUGGCGACGCUGGAACGUUCACCCGAAGUCUUUGAGAAUCCCCUUGCCUGGAAAGAGCUGGCUUCAGCUCAUGGCGGGAAGGCCCUGACGCCUCCCGCUACCAUAGGACCUCCGAUCCUGGAUGACAUACCUGUGCUCAAGGACCUGCCACAGCAGCACUCACUUCCAAGGAAGCUGCCUGAGCGGGGGGGUUCCCUCAACAUCCGCAAGGCUGUGGAGGAGUCCAGAGUUCCACUUCGGAGGGUAAGGUCAAGCUCUGACGACAUUGGUCUGUUGAAGAGGCAGCGUGAGGACUCGUUCCAGCAAAUAGCAAAGCUCAAGAAAGAUUUGUUUGCUCUAGAAGCACGGUCUAAUGAAGGGAUGAGAGAGUUGGAGCUGGAACAUGCACUGCUAACGGGUGAGCUGACCGAUGCACAAGCUUGUCAGAAGUCAGACUUUGCAAUCCUAGAAGAGAUCCAGGAGGAAGAGAGACGACUCAGUCAGCAGGCAGACCUGGAUCGUGAACAGGAGCAGUUGCAGCUGGAGGUGUCGCGUGGCCGCAUCGAGCAGUGGGAGCAGCUCACUCGGGAGCUGCGCGAGGUGCUCGAGGAGGCCGGGUCCCUGUCCCGUCGGCCUGAGCUGGAGGAGCGCUACCGGCGUGAGCUCGAGGGGCUCGAUGGUGAAAGGAGGGCCUUCGAGGACCUCGAGUUCCGCCAGCUCGAGCGGCAGGCGCGCCGUGAGGAAGAGCGCGAGGCCCUUGUGGCGCGCGCCGACCGCGUUCGCCAAAACCUGCGUGACCGGCAGUUGAGAAUUCGGGAGCUCUUGGAGCAGCAGAAGACAGUACAGAUGCAAAUCGAACAGGAACGGUCCAGUUCUGAGAUUGAGAAAAAGCUUGUGCAAACUCAGCUGCAGCAGGAACAACGGAGGCUGGAACUCCUGGACCAGCAGCUGAGGAAUGCUACUCGCACCCCCCAGCACAUCUCUUUGGAUUCAAGCGAUGACAGCAGCUCUUCUGAUACAGAAAUUGGCUCUACACUGAAAAUGGGGAGCCAGAGCCCGUGGAAUCAGAACCUCCUGCUCCAAGUCCCAGAUGCCACAGUGAACAGGCUCAGUGGCAAUGAGUCAAGCUUCACUGGCAUCGAGUCAGAAUCUUCGAGCAUCAUCAGCAGCAGUGAUCUUCCCAACGAAAGCGUGAGCAGCAGCAGCGACGACCGGAGCCGACCUACCAGCGAACACGUGACCCAGGGCAUCGCACAGGUGCAUCAACAUGAGCGCAACUUGCAGCUGAAUUCAGAGGACCGGUCAGGGUUGGUGUCUCGUUCAGGUGAUGACGCCAUCCAUCACGAGAUACGCCGACGAGAAAAACAGAAGGCUCAGAGGCCACUGACACGGUACCUGCCCGUGCGCGGCGCCGAGUGCGACCUGCGACAACAUGUGGAGUCUGCGGGUCACCAGGUGGAGCUGUGCCCACACGUGCAGCUCACAUCAUCAUCCUGCCGUGGCUACCUGCACAAGCUGGGUGGCAAGUGGCGCUCGUGGAAGAAGCGCUGGUUCGUCUUUGACCGCAAUCGGCGGGCCCUCAUGUACUUCAGCGACAAGACUGAAACCAAGCUGAAAGGUGGUGUGCCAUUUCAGGCCAUAGAAGAGGUCUAUGUGGACCACCUGCACUCUGUCAAGAGUCCAAACCCACGUGUGACGUUCUGUGUCAAGACAUAUGAACGCACCUUCCACCUAAUGGCACCCACAGCUGAGGCCAUGCGUAUAUGGGUUGAUGUCAUCUUCACUGGUGCCGAAGGCUACCUUGAAUUCCUCAGUGAGGCUGACAUCGCACCUGCCAGCCGCUCCAGGCACAAGUUCAAGGACUGAACAGCCUUGUUCACCUCAACGGCCUUGGCAGUGCCAAGGCCGGAGCUUCAAGGUUGUUGCAGGGUAGCAAGCAGAGGAGAUGCCUUGCCCAGUUAUCAUCUAUGACAACUGCAGCCAACGAAGUCCCAGGCUCCUUCUUCCUGGAGGGAAAAUGUGACAGCUAUCCCUUUUUGUACUCUGCAUGAUCAGCCUAAAGGGAGGCCUACGAACCACUCGAAUUUUGGCAAGGAACAAACCAACGGACAAGGUGCUGCAUGGUGGCAGUCGUGAGCAGGCGGAGGAAAACAGUGUUCGUUAUGCAGCAACAGUUGAGCAAACUAGUCUGGCAUCAUCAAAAGGAAAACCUGAGCGUUGAACUCAGUUCACCAACAGGAGCAUCUGUUGAUUGGGUGCAUGUAAGUUUCCCUCUUGUAUACAUCGUCUGUUAACAUCAUCGAUGUGAAUUUUCUGUCACGACACUUGGUGUAAUCUUUGAAAAUUGUCAUGUGCAUAUUUCUAUGUAAAUCAUUUUGUUUAAUGUGUGUGUCUUCCUUUAACUCUAAAUUGCUGUGUUUGUGACUCUGGGCAGUCCAUACCGGGUAUCAUUGAAUCAUCGUAAAGUUAUCAUGAAAGUGAAAGCUACGCCACAUUUUUUAGUUGUGCUUGGUCAAGCUGUGCAUCUUAUUCUUUUUCUUAUGUCAUCAAGCAGCUUUCCUUCCAUCUUGUGCCCAUGCGGACAAUGCAUUUUAUGAUAUAGCUCGCCAAGAUUCACAGUCUUUUAUGUUGCAUUGUAUAGCUUAGCCAAAUAUCAUUGUUCACUCUGCUCUCUUGUACAUAUGCUUAUGGCUUGGUGUGUGAAACUACUAUGUCACAGCUCUCAGGUUCGUUAUUUUGACUAGCUUCUCAUGCAUAUGAACAUAUCCAUUGGCCUUUCCUCGGUGAAAAUUUUUUUUUGUAAUUAUGUUGUGCUCCUCUGAUAAGAUGAACCUAUGAGCAUGCUGAACUAUACCGUCUGUUUGGUUUGUCCUUCUUUUACUUCGAAACAAAAUUAGAAAGCCUAAACUUCCAUGCUGGUGUCAUGACAAGCAAGUCUCCUAGUGACUGAGCAAAACAGCUGUGGUUGCUGGAGCGCAUUUUACUGGUAGAGCAUGGAUGGAAACAAAGUGGUACUCAUUGAAAAGAAAGCAAAAGUAGAAAAAAAUUCACCUUGACAGCAGGUGACACUACUAGUUGAAACCUUGACACUCUAAAGAGCAAGGGACAAAAGUACGCUGAGAAAAUUAAAAUGCUGUGUAUUUAACAAAUGAGUCACAGCCAAGAAGAGAUAAACAAGGCAGCUUGGAAGUGUAAGCACAUGAACUAGGAGCAGCAGGUGCUCAGUUCCUCUAAGUCUGGUUGCAUUCAUAUAGUAUGGGCAUGCUUGUUAGAGGCACUGAUCUUGUUAUUGAGACACUUUCCAGGAUGCCAAUCAUGAUUACAAUGAAGAAGUUAUCCCAAAAACAGCAAAUAUUAUAUGCCAUGCAUUUGACAUUGUACCAAGAUGUUCCAUGAUUUGGAUGACACAGUAAGACUCGAGGCAGUUCACCUACUCAAGUAAUCAAGUAAUGCAAUUCUGAUAACAACCCAAAGCAAUUGUAACCUUACAAAAUAACUCUGCAGAAAAAAAAUAGGCAAUUUUUCAGUGUAACACACCAGCUCCUAAUAUUGUGCCUGCUAGAAAUGUGCCACAGAUGUCUACAGGUGGCUGGGACAUUAGUAGCAGUAUAGUUGCACUAUGCUGAAACAUAAUAAUGGUUGUGUUGGAAUUGUUUCCUUCAAUAACAAAUUCAGUAGUCUAUUAGCAUUAAUCAUGCGGACACUAUCAGCAGGUGUUAUGCAUCACGGAUAAAAGGAAGUAACUUAAGGGGUUCCUUCACGCAUAGGCGUGCGCAGGGUUCCCCAUCAGGGGGUGCGAAGGUUCAUCGCAGCGCCCCCCACCCUACUAAGUUAAUGUAUGGGGCAGAUUUUGUGCCCCCCCCCCUUAUGUGACUAGAAGGGUCAAUGUACGGGGCAGAUUUUGCACCCCCUCCCUAUUAGGUGAUUAGGGGGGGCGGCCACUCCCCCCCCCCCCCCUGUGCGCACGCCUAUGCCUUCACGUUCACCUUGACGGGCUACAGCUGUGUAGUUCAGCAUGAUGUCAAAGUUUGGACUUUGUAUAAAGACAUGUAUAGUUUGUUGCCUUUUCAUAUUUCAUGCUUUUAUGAAUGCAGCAUUCAGCGCAGGUUGGAAGUAACCAUAUCUUAUACAUCAGAGACCUCCACUUUUUUUUUAGAUUCUUACAAUUUUACUUUUGGAUGUUGCAAAAUCUGCAUUCUAGAAAAGAAAACCUCUGCUUUGCUAUGUUUAGACACUUUUUGAACUUGCUUCAUGUAUACCAGUUGUUUCAAGAAAUGUCUAAAAAUCCUGAAAAAUAAGGGAAAUGCAAUAUAUUUGCUUGCUGCCUUCACAAUUACUGUGUCUGUGGCAGUUGACAUCUUGUGAUGAGUAUACAUUAAUUACAGCAUUAAUUAUAUAAAUUAAGAAUGAUUAAUGUUUUAGUCAGACAUCAGAUCAAAUGGGAGAAUUUAAUGAGAUAACAUAGCACAAAUAAUAAAAUGACAAGGAACAUAAGGAAGGAGACAAAGACCAGCGCGCCCUUAUUGUUAUAUUAUUUUUGCUAAUUUAUCUCUACCAGUUAUGCUCGACCAAUCAGCCUGACAAUCAAUUCUUUUAGGGAGAAUUGAAGUCCUUCCUGUGAAGAGCCCAUUGUCACUUUGAGAUUUCUAAAUAGCAGCCACUGGUAAUUUUUCUGGAAUAAGUUUAACCAAAUUCACUGGCGAAACUGAAACCGAAGCGCCAAAGAGCGCCACUGCAAUACUCUAGCAGGUGCCCAGGAUGAUGACACUGUUUGCAACGAUUGCACUGAUGUUAAUUUCCUGAACCUACAUGCAGCAUGCAAGCUAUCGCGGCAAGUGCAGCUCACACACCUACAAAGCGAAGUGGAUUGAUAAUUGAUGUAACGAAGCUCGCUCAUUUGAGACGUCUCGGAAGAAUAUGGCAGUUGUGCUCUUUGGCAUUUCGGCUUCAGUUCUCCAGCAAAAUAGCUGAAUUUUAUCGCUCCGUAAAAAUUAUUAGUGACUGUUCUUUCUAAAUCUCAAAGCGGUAAUGGGCUUUUUGCAGAAAGUACUUCAGUGCUCACAUCUGGCCCGACUGUCUGUCUAUUCUAGUUAAACAGGUAAAUUUUAAUUUCUGCAAUUAUUGCCCUAAUUAAUGUCUCUAGUCAUCUUAAUAUGUCUGCCACCACAGAAAAAGUAAUGCCAAAGGUAGCGAUCAAAUAUUGCAGUUCCUUUACUUUGAGGAUUUUCGGAUAUAUUUCCAUUUCUUGAAACACCCUGUAUGCCAUACUGUCAUACAUAUUAUCACUUGUCAGCGGUCAUUGUAGUAUCAACAGCACAUUAUGCUAGUAUUGUGUUUGCUAAGAGGCAGGUAUCAUUUGUGUUAGUCUGAAGCACUGCUGCCUCUGUAUUUUAGCUUUUUCAAAACUGUGUUUAUUUUUUUUACUGUGGGCAUUGAUUGCCGCUUUUUUCAAUGCUUACAGUCGGAUAAGUUACCAUUUCUGCUUUGAAAAUGAGUCCAAAACCUGAAAAGCAUAGACCUUUACUUAUGUUGGCUUGUAUAUUCUGCACACUGUAAAGAGCUGCUUGCAUCUAAGUCAGAAGGAUGGCCUUAGAAAGGUUUUCCUGUAAUGUUUUGUUAUGCCGAAUAUGCUUAAUGAGCAGUCAUAAUGAAUCAUGACAUCAGUACCUCCAAAGAGCUAUUCAUCACAUUUUGUUAACAAAGCUGGCAAGCUUCAUAGUAUUCCAAUUUGUUUGCAUCUAGUAGUACGCUGCUAAUGCAAGGCUCGGUAAUGUAGUAUUGGAAUCAUGCAGUUUUCUAUCAUAUUAUCAUACUCUUGCUUUAUAUUCUUGGGCAUUACCCCUUAGUCGGAAAACCAAGGCAGCUGUGACACAUUAACAAAAAUACUCCCAAAACGAAGUUGCAAAUGGCAGUUUUUACGACACAUUGCACUUGCACGGCAAGGCCUCUGGAAUUUAUCCAGAGGUGCUGUAAGAGGGCAGUGUACUGACAGAUAGCUCAUAUAUCAUAUAAAAAAGAGCAUUUGCUGUGGUCACACACCAGUAGUGCCAGCCAUUGUAGCAGUCCUGCGCAAACAAAUCCUGAAGGAUGACAACGUUGCAAGGAGUUACAAGGCAUGCAAGGUCAGCCAAGUAACCUGCAAUAUUAUGCUAGUGACCUCAGUGUAUGGAAGCUGACCCUUAUUGCCACAGGUACCGUAAGCAGUAGCUAGGAAUAUUAAUUUGGUUCAAAAUUUUGGUACUAGCAUUGCAUACUGUGCAAUCACAACAUAUAAAAAUCAAUUGGUUACAAUGUGGUUCUUGUAAUGGUAACUGCCCAUUCACAGUUAACUCUCCUGGAGCAUGCACAAGGCAGCUUUUGUGUCUACAUGAAUAUUGCAGUGCUCAUACAAGCUUUGCAUUAUCUCGAGUUCAUGCGUUCAUACACUUUACUGCUCUUAAGAGCACAGCAAGUACCUCGUCCUUUUCAAAUAUUUGUUUAGGUUAUUAUAGUGAGGUACGAAUAAACCUAUAAAAAUAACAUCUGGUGCUGUAAUCAAUUGAAUGAGCAAGUUGGCAUUGAGCAAGCGCCCCCUUGAUGCCCACUGUAUACAUCUAAGUCAGAAAAGUGUACAGUACAUCUACCUUAUUUGUCCAUUAAUUGUGUUUAACCUUAGUCGGUGCUUUUUGUUUGUCCUUUUAAUCAUGAACGUCAGUUUGGCAAUUCUGUAGAUAGCUUUACAGUAUGGAAACUCAAAAACAGUGCUCCGUAUUCACUUACAUACAUAAUAUAGUUUUGCUUGCUUCAUUUGUAAAGCACUGUUAUGUCAACAUUUCUGGGUCCAGGCACUUGGCAUUGUUCUUGUGUAUAGUAUUGUGUAAUUCUUGUAUGUGUUCUUACCCAUUAAUCAGCCUCAAUGUUGAAUGCUGUGCUUUGAAAUCUUGGAAGCACAGCUGUUCCUUUAAACAAGGCAGAACACAUUUGAACUUGCAUGACUGAUAAAGGAAAGGGAAAAAAGCAGUGUAAGAAGGGCAUUCAUCUGUACCAGCCCACCUGACUGUCUUAAACGGACACAGCUUUGAGUACUUUUUAAUGCAAUGCAACACCAGAUAAAGUGCAUUUGUACAGCAUUGUACCUUGUUCUUUUCAUCUUAACAAAGCUUGUAGUGUGUUAUAUGUAUCCCCAUGUGAACUAUGUAAGAAACACACUUACAUUAAUGAUGUGAGUGGUCGGUUCAAUUGUGUGGUUUUGUGUUCACAACCUUCUUGCAUUGCCAUUCACUGAAAAACACUGGCAUUCCUUCAUCUUUUGUCUCUGGUCUUAUAUUGGAGUUUUAAACACUGUUUGAGCAGUGUAACAAACUGCACUGUCAUUGCAAAUGUAAAGCAGUUAAACAUGCAGCAGUUCAGUCACUGCAUCUACUCCUGUCUGGCUGAUCACAGUGUCAGAAAGCAGCAUAUGUGCCUUGAAGUCAUUCUUUUUUGUUUUUCCAAACAAUUUUGACUUGUGGUAAAACACUUCAGAUGGCUGUUAUGGCACUUCAUAAUUUUUUUAUUCACAGCGUCUUUCCUCAGAACCAAUAAGUUUAGACUGAAAGACUUCUCGACUUGUUUGCAAUGCAAGCAAAAUAUACACAGUUUUAUGUAUAAGGCACUUCUCUUGAGUGUUGGUACAGCGUUUUAAUGCAUCGCAACGUACGAAUGCUGCUUUGUGGCCAAAUCUGCCUCCGAAUGGAUCGUGCAAAGCAGUAAAGGAGACAUAUCUUUCUCUACUCUUACUACAGCAGCGUCCAAACUGCUUUGCGCAAUGGAAAGAAUUUGUAUGGUGUGCGGUAUUUGCACACGUGUUGUACCCAGGGAUCACAUAUACAUGCUUGUGUAAUGGUUCACCUUUGGGAUAUAAUCAAAGCCCACGCCUUGCGCAUUCCCUUGAGUUUGCAGUUUACACAGCACCAGUCCCCUUGGCAUGAAAAGGCAUUGAUUUGGCUGGUGCUUAUGGCAGAUUACAAACCUCUGUGAAUGAUAGCAAGGCACUUGGCUGAUAAUGAUCAUCAUAUCACAAUUCACCACUUGUCUACUGUAACAUUUUGAUAAUCAUAAAAGUGGCUGUUAAUAUUUGCGCUCCCUCUCAUGUGAGCUUUUCACUUUCUCGGAUGCAGAAAAACCUGCACGACAAUUAAGUAUACACAUGCUAACAUACCACUCUUAGUCUCUGUUCCUAAAUACACAGCAGUUCGGGUAAAUGCAGCAGGCUGAGGAAAAACGUGAACCGCUGAUGAACGAUUACCCACAUCUGCUGGCUAGCUCUGAAAUGUUGCAUCACGUGUAUGUAUAAUUGUUGUCUGCCCCUCGUGAACAGUAGGCGUUAGAGCAUGUUACACUGUUAAACAGUUGCUUAGAGCCACUCAGGUUUUAAGGUGACUGAAGGUGCCAUUGAUGCUGGACACUUUUUUUUUUUUUUUUAAGAACUCUCAAUCUAGCUAGCAAGUUGUGCUCACUUUUGGUUGUGUGCCAUUGCUCUUUUCAUUGUUAACUUCUAAAAGCUUUCAGCUUGUCACCAGCUGACGCAUAGUAGCUGAGCUUCCCUAUGUUUUUAUAUGCUUUUUUUUAUUUCACCUGUAGUGUGGUUGGCCACAUGUAUUUGUUUUGUAGUAGUGCUGCACAUGGAAAUAAAACUGAAAACCGA